CCCUACAUAAAGUAAAUCAGGAAGCUGUGUUUCUGUAGAAAGGAAACGCAGCUUCCUCUCAGAUGAUGAAGACGAUGAUCCAGGCGGUGUUGCUCGUUAACAUCUUCUCCUCUCAGCUGCUGAUGCUUCACUCUGCAGUUCAUAGCCUCUUAGCUUCCUGUCGGGAUGAUGUUUCUCUCACAUGUCCGGAUGUCGGAUCAGACUUCGUCUCCGUCACCUGGUACAAGCAGCGGAUCGACCAGGAUAAGUGUGGGAUCCUGCGCUGGAGCAGCAAAGAUAAAUCGAAACCAGAGUUUUUUAAGUCCAACCGCUCCGUCCACUAUGAUUAUGAUCAGGACUACAGCCUGCUGAUCAGCGCCGUCACACCCGUAGACUCCGGCACCUACGAGUGUGAGGUGGGGGCUAGAGUCGGGUACCAAAACACGAAAGUAGAAGUCAAGCUGGACGUCAGCGCCUGUGUGACCCCUGCUGUGCCGACCCCAGUGACCCCAGUGACCCCUGCUGUGCGGACCCCAGUGACCCCAUCAUCGUCUUGAUUAUUCGAUGUGUGCAGACCAAGUCUUCCAAACGACGGCAGCAGAAGUGGUGAAGCAGAUGAAUCCUGAAAAUCUGCAUUUAUUAUUUAUUUUAAAGGUUUUAAGAUGUAUACUUUUAUAUUUGUAUUCCCGUUAUGCAUCCUCAGUCUGCAGAAAUGUGUCACCGUGCGGAACAAAAACCACAUGUUUUGGUAGAAAGAGGUCGACUUCACCAGAAAACCGACAUGAGAGGAUGUGAGGCGUAUUUAGAGGAACACACACACACGCACACGCACACGCACACACACACACACACACACACACACACACACACACACACACACACACACAC